AUGGUCAAGAACUGCCGCAUGAUCUUCAUGCUGGUGAUAACAAGCGGCUUCUUCGUGGUGGAGCUCUUGGCAGGAUACAUGGGCAACUCCAUCUCUCUGGUCUCGGACUCCUUCAACAUGCUGUCGGACAUGAUCUCUCUGGGCAUCGGGCUGACCGCGGCCAACGUGUCGAGAAUCAAGAGGCGCCACAGCAACACGUACGGCUUCGUGCGGGCAGAGGUGGUGGGAGCUCUGGCCAACGCCGUCUUCCUCUCAGCGCUGACUUUCACUGUCUUCGCCGAGGCGAUCGUACGGCUGGUCCAUCCGUUCAAGAUCGAGGAUGUCGGCCUGGUGCUGAUCGUCGGGGCUCUCGGGCUGGCCGUGAACAUCGUCGGUCUGAUCCUCUUCCAAAACUGUUGCUUCAGAAGGAAGGGAAGCACUCGAGCAGGUAGCCUGGCAACUGGUACAAGAGAACAAACAGAGAACAAAGGGUCCACAAAUGCAACGACUUUAAAUAUUCGAGGCGUCUUUCUACAAGUAAUGGGCGAUGCAUUGGGAUCUGUCGUGGUGGUAGUCUCUGCUACUAUAUUCUAUGUGCUUCCGCUCGAUAAAGAUGAACCCUGUAAUUGGGAAUGCUAUGUCGAUCCAAGCCUGACAAUCAUUAUGGUUAUAAUCAUUCUGUCAUCUGUCUUCCCACUUGUGAAAGAAACAGCUGUAAUUUUGCUCCAGAUGGUGCCCAAAGGGAUCGAGCUCCAAGAUAUAGAUGAAAAAUUGCAUCGAGUUGAUGGAGUACAUGGGAUUCAUGAACUCCAUAUCUGGGAGCUUGCAGGAGGGAAGAAUAUUGCUUCACUUCAUGUGAAAUGCUUGGAUCCUUCCACCUAUAAAACAGCAGGAUUACAAAUCCGUGAGAUCUUCCACAAUGCAGGAGUUCAUUCUGUAACCAUUCAGGUAGAAUUUUCUGAAAGGGUGAAUGAUUCUGACUUAACAUGUGAUUUCCCCUGUAUGUUAACAGAAUGUGAGAAUAAAUUAUGCUGUAUUCCACAAAAAUAUUAUGAUCUUGAUGUAGAGGGUUACAUAGAGAUGAGUAGCAAUCCUCCAGGAGCCUCCUGUAAUGGCCACAUGAGAAAUAUGGUAGAGGAAAAUAAUGUAAAAGAAACUUCCAAUAUUCCAUUUCACAAUUUGGCAACAGCACGAAAAGUAAGUGAAGAAAAGGAAGACACAAAUGGACUAUUACGUUUACAUAGUACUUCACUGUAG